AUGCGAUGCUACGGCUCGACCAAGGCCCCUCCGAACGGUGUCGGCCGACGUCGAUUAUUGAGUCCCCCCAUGCUGACUGCCCUACUCGAUCGCCUCGCUGUGAAGCCUAAUAUGUAUCGUGACGAGAUGGUCGAGUUCCUCGAGAAAGAAUUUCAGGCUGCUAUUCCUGCCGCCAACAUCGGUCGGGCUUUGAGGUCAGCACGAUGGACGAGAAAGACGGCACGACGUGUCGCAGAAGGACGCAACGCCGACCUUCGCGACUACUACCUCUACAAGCUAUCGUUCUAUCGGUCGUACCAGCUCGUGUAUAUUGACGAGUCUGGGUGCGAUAGACGUGUAGGAAGAAGACGGUUUGGGUGGGCUCCUAAGGGCGUUACGCCAGUUCAGAUCGACCGUUUCCACCGUGACCAGAGGUAUCAGAUCCUACCAGCUUACACGCAAGGAAUCCUGCAUUAUGAACCUUUCCUGGGAGCACAGAUGGUGCAAAGUUUGAAGAGUUCAUCAAACAGCUGUUACAUCACUGUGAAGAGUUCUUUGCUGAGCUCAAGGCCUUUAUCAGCCGUCACUGGCAUGAGAAUCAGCACUUCAUCCAAAUAG